UGAGUUCGGUUGUUACGGUGCCUCGCCAACAGUAUUCGAUUUGUUAUUUAUAUCAUUAUCAGCUACAGCUGAUUAAGUUUAUUGUUACCAAAUAGAUUUGAAGGUGCAAAUUCAGAUGUCAAAAAAUACAUGUUUGUUUGUGUGAUGAGUAUAGAUGUACAUACAAACGUACACAUAAACCGGGUGCCAAAAUAUGACCAACUACGGAAAAAAUACAACAUUCCAAAAACAACGUUGUUAUAAUCAAAUAAAAAGUUGUGAUAACCAUCUUAGAGUAACAAGUCUUUAAAUCCCCUCCCCAGCCACUCCUAAUCACGGUUCCGCGUCAAAACUCAACAACAAUAAAUGGUAAAAUUCUAAUCUAAUUCUAAACUCGAAUAGUCACCGGAAAAUUAAUGUCCAAAGAAAGGUCCCAUCUACAAGCUUGAAGGGGGGAAAUGCUCAGGUCGCUAUCAGAAAUAGCUGGCGUUUAUUUCGUUUAGUAUGCCGGUGUAUGUUGUGUGCUAAACAUACCGUUUUCUGUGUGGUCCGUAUUUGUGUAGUCUGGGUUUGUUUAUUAUUUGCGGUGAAAAGUGUGUGAGCAAAACAAGGGAAGAGCGAGUGAGUCGUGUGUUAAAGUAUUCGUUCAUACAGAAGAGAAGAAAGAAAGUGAAAUUAAUACGUGUGUGGCGACUAGUGAAUUGUGUGAUUUGUACUACGCAAACUACUGCUUACUUGUUCUGUCGAGUGUUACAUUUUCAUUUUUUGCCGCAAGGGAGGUGUUUAAGAAAUUUUUUGGUAGACACACAAAAGAAACUGUAACCCAUCCACAAUGCCGAUUAAAACCAUGACGCCUUCUAAAGAGCAAGUCGAUGAGCUGCGAAAUAUGUUCAUACAGAAGUACGAAACCAAUCCACCACUAGAAAAAUUCCAUCCUGUCGAUAUUGAUCGCGUUCGAAAUGACGAUCUGUGGUGUACGCGCUUCCUGGAAAUGUAUGACUUGGACAUGAAACUAUCGUUCGAAAAAUUAUGGUCGACAUGUAUAUGGCGUCAAAAGUUCGGAGCCAAUGACUCAAACGAGACCAAUGUACGGAUGGAUUACCUGAGUGACGGUGUAAUUUUUCCCCACAACUGCGACGUCGAUGGCAAACCACUGUUAAUAUUCAAAACCAGCAAACACAUCAAAGGCGCCAAAGAUAUGAACGAAUUAUUGAAAGUUCUCAUCUACUGGGUGGAACGUAUACAACGUGAACGACAUUUGGAGAAGAUGACCAUUUUCUUUGACAUGGACGGAACCGGUUUGUCGAAUAUGGAUUUGGAUUUCAUCAAGAUGAUUAUUGAAACAUUCAAGAUGUAUUACCCCAAUACAUUGAAUUAUAUUUUAGUAUUUGAAAUGGCAUGGAUACUGAAUGCCGCAUUUAAAAUUGUCAAAGCUCUUUUGCCAGAAAAAGCUGUCGAAAUUUUGAAAAUCAUUACCAAGAAGACCAUCAAUACAUAUGUGGAUAAGGAUAAUUGUCUAACCAGCUGGGGUGGAAAUGAUAAUUAUGUUUUCUCCUUUGAGCCGGAAGUUAGAAAGCCAAAACAGAAUGGUUCAGUGUCAUUGCCUCAACCUGAUUCUCAUCCCCAUCAUGACAAAAAGGUACAUUUUAAUAAUAACCUUCCCAAUCAUACGCAUUUUGCGGAAAUGCCAACACAAAUGCCUGAUAUACCAGACCAAUUUACACCUCAAGACCCAAACGAAGACAUGUUACGUGUAACACCAGCAGAUUAUUUGCAAUUUACUCACGGUGAUGCCAAAGAUUGUACAUUGGAAUUAGCAUGUAUUAGUUCAAAUCCCGUCACAUAUAAAAUACAAACAACUUCGCCGGAAAAAUUCCGUGUUCGCCCAAGAUGUGGUAUUUUAUAUCCUGGCAGCACAAUUACCGUCAACAUUCUGUUGAAACCUGAACAUUCAUUGUCAGAGAACGGCAAAGAUAAAUUUUUAAUUAUGUGUAUGCCAUCAAUGGACAUUCAAUCGAAUCAGGUUACAGAAUUUUGGAAAAAAGCUGGUCAGCAAUCUGUCAAUAUGGAACAACAUCGUUUAUAUUGCACCUACAAAGAAGGCGCAGAAAAAUCGUCGCAACUAGUUGCUAAUGGCGUUGGGAGUGCAAAUAAAGAAAAUAAGCAGCAAUCGAGGGAAAUAAGUUCUGAAGAAACCCGAAAAUUGGAAAAGCAAUUGCGUAAUACUCAAAUUUUGCAAAUCAUCACCCUAGUCUUCCUCUUCAUAUUACUAGGCGCAGUGAUUUAUUUACUCAAAUUGCAAAUGUGUGACGUUGAUGGCUGCUCGACGAAUAGAGAUAGUGCGGCUGAAUCUGUAGAUUUCGCAACCUGUGCCAAAGGCAAGGCGGAUCUAUAAUAUUUACUUUCGAAAUGCAAUUUGACCAAGCAACGCCUCCUCAAUGCCGCUGCAGCUGCCACCACCAAAUGUCGCCACUUUAAAACGGCUAAAAUUCACACACUCAUAAAACACUGCAGAUGUCCCGAGGGUUAUGUGGCCACCGAUGCAUUUGGAGAUGAUACACUAAUGGAUCCAUAUAACUUAAAUGACGAAUGUUCUCAUAAAGAUGGCGGUGUUUUAGGGGGCGGCUAUUUGCUUGGUCUCGUCGCAUUCGCACGUAAAUUUGCACGGUGCAUAUUAACACUAACAAUGCUCUUUGCUAUUGUUUUUAUAACAUUUUAUAUAUGUUCAACAUCGCGCGAAAAUCCAUCCAUUGUCACAACAAACGCUCUGUUGCAAGUUACCGAAGCAGAGUAUACUUUAACAACAUACGAUUGGAAUUAAAACCAAAAGGAAGGAAGUGCAAACUUAAUCGUGUUAAAUGGUUAUUAUUCUUUUAAAAUUUAUAUUUCAAUUUAACUAAUCAUAAAAACAAAACAAAAAAAGACAAAUUACUUAUUUUAAAUUGUCUGUUUUGAAAGCGUUAAAAAUUCAACUUAUAAUUUAGUUAUAUUUAUUAACCCGCUGAGAUGAUCAUUAUAAUUAGGAAAUUGAAGACCAAGUUUUUCAUUCAACCGUUAUCGUUAUGUACCUAUCCAUCUGUGUAAAUACCAUUUAAAUUAUAUAUGUGUGUAUAGAAAAAUACAAAGCCAAUUACAAUUUAUACAAAUUUCAUGUAGUUGAAAAUUUUUAAUGUUUAUAAUAAACAACAACAUAAACCGCAUCAAA